CUUCCGGCGGCCCCCUCUUCUCACAGCUCUCCAGAAAGUUCUGCACGGUAGAGCCUUUAUAAGAACCAGCCAUCUUCCGUCACCAGUCUCAGCGAAAGCUAGGAUAUUAACAUCAACUGUCAAGUUGUCACCAUGGUGCACGAAACCGGCUACUACGAUCUAUUGGGUGUCAAUCCCAAAGCCUCACAAGAUGACCUUAAAAAAGCGUACAGGAAACUGGCAUUGAAAUAUCACCCCGACAAGAACCCCGAUGAGGGCGAGAAGUUCAAGCUUAUUUCUCAAGCAUACGAGGUGCUGUCAAACCCAGAGAAACGAGACCUGUAUGACCAAGGAGGAGAACAAGCGAUCAAAGAGGGAGGCAUGAGUGGAGGAACUUCUCCAAUGGACAUGUUCAACAUGUUCUUUGGAGGUGGAGGAAGGAUGCAGAGAGAAAGAAGAGGGAAGAAUGUUGUCCAUCAGCUUAGUGUUACACUGGAGGAGAUGUACAAAGGCAGCUCCAGGAAGCUUGGACUUCAAAAGAGUGUAAUUUGUGAAAAAUGUGAAGGUUAUGGUGGUAAGAAAGGUGCCUUGGAGAAGUGCUCAACUUGCAAAGGAAGAGGAGUACAAGUGAAGGUGCAACAGAUUGGACCGGGCAUGAUCCAGCAGAUCCAAAGCAUGUGUGCAGACUGCCAGGGACAGGGCGAGAAAUUUAACUCUAAAGACCGCUGCAAGAGCUGCAACGGACGCAAAGUAGAACGCAAGAAGAAAGUUCUUGAAGUUCACAUUGAUAAAGGUAUGAGAGACGGUCAGAAAAUUACAUUCACUGGAGAAGGCGACCAGGAACCUGGAUUGGAGCCCGGGGACGUGAUCAUAGUUCUGGAUCAGAAGGAGCACCCUGUGUUCCAGAGAAAAGUCAACGAUCUGACCAUGAAGAUGAACAUCAAACUGGCUGAGGCUCUGUGUGGUUUCAAGAAGACCAUUCGAACAUUAGAUGACCGAAUGCUCAUCAUCGCCUCACAGCCGGGUGAAGUAAUCAAGCACAGUGAUGUCAAAUGUGUUCAGAAUGAGGGCAUGCCAAUUUACAAGGAACCUUUUGAGAAGGGCCAGCUUUUCAUUAAGUUCCAGGUGGAUUUCCCAGAGACGGGCUGGCUUCCAGAGCAUCUCAUGUUCCAGCUGGAAAGACUGCUUCCUCCCAGGGAGGAAGUGAUGAUUACCGACGACAUGGAGGACGUGCAACUCUGUGAGGUGGAUGUGCGGACGCAACAGAGAAGCGCCAGUGGGGAAGCUUAUGAGGAAGACGAGGAGGGUCCCAGAAGUGGAGUGCAAUGUCAGACGCAGUAAUCGUAAAACAAUGUGUUGUAGAGCAUGUGGGUUUUCUGUUUCAGAUUAUUUUCUUUUUUGUGAACAUGCUUUUAAAGUUCUGUUUUUCAAAGUAAUAUAAUGCAAAGAACAUUAGGUUUAAAACAGCUGCCAAAGCUGUUUUUUGAGCAACACUCCUGGUAUAUAUGCAAGUGGAGUACUCAUUGUACGUUUCAUUUGUGCUCCCCAAGUUAUCAAAACUGUACUUUGGCUCACCGUCCCGUAUGUUCGGUAUUUACAAUCCAUGUCUUUUUAUAUAUCUGUGUGUGUUUCCUAAGAAAUCAAUGGCACAUAUAUUUUCAGAAGCCCAACGGACUACUUCUAUGCUUUCUGUGAAGGUAAUUUCAAUCUUUACAAACUGUUUUUGUUCAUUUCUCAAUAAAAGUCCCAGAAUGCUUCAA